AUGCAGACUCGCAAUGUCUCCUUCGCAGCUCGCGCAGCCAGCGUGGCAGCAGAGGUGACCAAUAGCAGCAGCGCCGCCAGUGGUGCCAGCUCAGCAGAGGCGCCGGUGCUGCUGACGUGUCGGCAGUGCAAGCAGCCGUUCGACCCCGCCCAGAACCACCCCUCCGCCUGCUCCUUCCACCCCGCCCACUACGGAGGCGAAGUUAAACGGAAAUGGAAGUCAUUCUCAUACCACAAGGUGGGGAAGGAGUUCCUUUAUCACUCAGAGGAGACUAGGGCGGAGUGGGGAGAGGUGGAGAACUUUUGGGACUGCUGCGGCCGCAACGACCCCAUGGACCCUGGCUGCACUAAGGGGCCCCACCGGUCGUACGAUGAUGCGUGA